UAUCGAAACGUUAUCGAAAUCGAUUCAUCGGAAUUUUUUCAAUAUAAGUUUUUGUGACAAAUAGGCGUGCAACAUUUUAGAUCCAUCAGCUCCCCGCCUGUCGUUUCGGCUUGGCUCCUCUGCUCGAGUCCUGAACCCCCUUAUUCAGCGGUAUCCAGCUUCUUGCAAUGGUGUCCAAGAACCAAUUCCAUCAGAACUGGACCAUGCAGUCGCAGCAGCACCCGCACCAAAUGCAGCAACAGUUUCAGCAACAGCAGCAACCAAAUCUGCAGCACCGCAACAACCAGAGCAACAAUAAUAAUGGGAACAACAAUAAUCCCCGCGCAGCUGCGGCUCCGUACAGGAAACCCUUUCGUUCGGGCAAAAAUAACUCCGGACCAGGAGGAAAUGGGAACGGUAACAGGGUCAACGGUAACAAUCAGAUGAUGUUCUCCUCCAGCCAAAUGCCGAGCGAUCCCCUGUACAUUGACUUCAGCAGCCCGCCACCAGGAUUCAAACACAAUCAGGUAGGCAGUCCCAAGAAGAAGUCUAUGAAGGGCAUCAAACAGCAACAGCAUCCCAGUCCGAACCAGCAGCAGCAUCCCAGUCCGAACCAGCAGCAGCAUACCAGUCCGAACCAGCAACAGCAUCACAGUCCGAACCAGCAGCAGCAUGCCAAUCCGAACCAGCAUCCCAGUCCGAACCAACAGCAGGGCAAGAUGAACAACCAAAACAACAAUCAUAUGAACCAGCCGCAGCAGCCCUUCAACAACCAGAUGAACGGGAGCGAUUGGCAGCGCCAUUCGGGCAACAAUUCCAACCAGAUACGCGGUGGCUUUAAUGGAUUCCAACGCGGGCCGCCUCCGAACCGUCCUCCACGCCUCAUGAUGGGCCCGCCAAUGGGUCCGAUGGGCCCCGGACCACGGGGACCCGGACCGAUGGGCCCUGGAGGACCAUACCCGCAAAUGCCUUUCCCGCCACCGAUGCCUGGUAUGCGCGGUCCUGGACCCAUGGGCCCCAUGGGUGGACCACCACCGCCACCGCCACCACUUUUUAUGCGUCGCAACGGACCCGGUCCAGGUCCUAUGAUGGGUGUUCCACCGCCCAUGCACAUGAUGGGUCCACGGAUGCCGCCGCGGGGAAUGCCACCGGUCGGACCUUAUGGACCAAUGAACAUGAAUGGCGGCCGGAUAAUGAAGCCCAAUCCCAAGCUAAUCAAGCAGGUGGUGAAAGGCAAGAGCAGCAUAAAGACACUGAAGAACCUGAUCAAUCAGUAUCCCAUCGAAAAGCCGUGGGUCACGGACGAGAUACGCAGCGAGCACGACAAGAAGGUGGAUAUCGAGAACAGAUUGAAGGGUCACAAAGACGACGAGCUCUUCGCGCAGUACAAGGGCCAGCGGGACAAGUUCGUUAGUCUCUACGAAGCGGCGCGGGAAGAGUAUCUCAAGCAGGAGGCAGCCAGUGUCAAGGCCAAGGAUGCCAAGUCAGACAAAGACAAAAACGCAAUUUCAAGUCAGAGCGCAGCCCCUAAGGCCGGAAGCGCUAAAGAUGCAACAAUUCCAAAUCCCUAGGCAGCCAAUGCAACCGAAUCCGAAUACCGAAUCAAUCGAAUCGAACCGACUCAAGAACAGGCCGGUCGACUCACAGAACUAAAUGUAAACUUUAACUUUAAACCAAUGAGCAAUUCAAAACUAAAACUAACAGCGAGCAACAGCAAGAGUCUGACAAUUGGAGACGAAUAUAACUCAAAACCCCGACUCUAUAUCGGAUAUACGUAUACACAAUCGUAAUCCGAGGAGGCGCCUUUGUCACACGUUGCUUUUGCGACUGAGAACUGAGCUUAGAACGAUAAUGUAGCAACAAAUACAAACCCAGCGAUAAUAAUGUGGGCGAAACUCUAGUAAUAGCGAUAAACAUUUAGAUUGCGAAUCGAUUCAAUUGUCUAACGUAACCUAGCGUAACGUAAAGUAGAGUAUUGAAAUGUAACCGUAACGUAACGUACCAGUUCAUUAUUCGAAAACUAUUUGUUGUUCAAUUCUAAGUUGCAGCCAUUUCAAGUAUGUGUACACAAUUUAUGACACGCCCUUACCUAUAUAUGUAUGCAUAUAUAUUGAUAUAUAUAUAUAUAAAUUAUUUUCCUAUUCGAUGCCCGAGUGCGUGGGCGCGACAUAAUUGGAACAGAGUGGCCGGAUCCUAAGCACUCUGGCAUAAAUCACACUGUAGGCCUUGGAUUACACCACUUGAUUGUAUUUUUAAAUUAAUUCUUAAAAACUACAAAUUAAGAUCACUCUGUGAACGUGUGCUCGAUGGUGUGCAUCUACGGAUUUGUUUUUGUGUUCUUUUUCCCCACCCAACCCCGUCCCUGACCCAAUUCCACUGUUCUCUUCACCGACAGUAGAUUAAUCACGCUCUUGAUCUUCAUGACCUGAUCCACCUGACAAGUAACCUCAAAGCAGCCGCACUUAGCGGAAUAGUAGAGCCCAAGGGACCCACUGUAAAAACUCUAGUAUAGCACCAAUCUCCCAACCAGUUAACAGUACACCUUAACCCAUGGUCAAGAGUAAACAUUUCUGCCUUUAAAGUUGAGAACACAAUUAAGCAUCGUCUGGUUAAACUUGACAUUCAAUUCAUACUUGUUAAUAGCGACAUACACAUAGCACCAAUUUCGAAGAAAUCAGUUAAAAGCAAUCCCUCGAUUAGCAAUAACUCUACUGACUUCAAAACGAGGAGAGUUGCAAGUAUUUGUAAGGCACAGUUUAUAGACCACCGACGGCUCGUUAGGGCCCGUCCUGUCACUAAGCGCGGUGAAACCCAAUUGAACAUAUAGUGGAAUUAUUAUUAUCAAUGGGGAAGAUUUAACCCUCAGGUAGCUAAGUAACUUAAUGGCAAAUAGGGAGUCAUAAGACUAAAUAAUAUAUUUUAAAUUUAAAAUCUGGCCCUUUGACCUUGCUUGUCAGGCGCAUUUGGGUUUAAUCGUUAGUUGCUUCUAUAUAAACACUUUCCCCAUCCCCGCAAUAAUGAAGAAUACCGCAGAAUAAAGAGAGAUUUCCAACAAGCA